GCUAUACAUACACCCCUAGUAGUCCUGGUACUUAAGUCAGUCCCGGAGGAGAACUAUGUUUACGGGAUUGCCGCCCUUGAUGCAAUCAAUACAUGAGGAUUGCUCAGGAAAUGUGCUUACUCUCCAAUGAUGUUCCAAGCUGGACGGAGGUGCGGCAGCAGCAAACCUGUCCUUGGUGUGGCAAGUGUGUGUGACACUUCGUGUGUCAUUUCAGACGCACCGAUGUUCAUCGUCACACAUCAGGUGGUUUUCCUGCUAGACUCUGUGUGAGCGUUUGGCAUAGAUUGACUAUCCAUACAUGCUGUAACUGGCUGGAGAGAGAGAGAGAGAGAGAGAGAGAGAGAGAGAGAGAGAGAGAGAGAGAGAGAGAGAGAGAGAGAGAGAGAGAGGGUUGGCAGGAGAGAGGAUUGGAGUUGUUUCUGUCGUGUGGAAAUGCAAAGGAAAAUGAUGUGGACUUUUUUUUUUGCAUGAAAUGGCAGUGUGUCAUUUCAGGUUCCUCUUUGAAUCCAGGCUAAAGCUAUAUGUAUAGUACAGCUCCCUCCUUUGUCUGUUCCCUUUGUCGACAAUAGACAUCGUUAGGCAGUAGAGUAGACGGCGGGCCGCUGCUGGCGGUCACAGCUGUGUAUUGGUGGAUCGAGGUAGCGAGCACGAUGUUCGACGAAGACACGGAGUUCGAUUUUGCCGCAGAGGACGACGGAGUUGUGGAUGACCCAAAAGGUCAUGCUGGAAACAAGCGGGGCCUUAUGGAGGACGAUGAGGAUGACGACGACGUCUUGUACCCGUCCAAGAAGAUCUACAUUCGUGGCGGCGAUACCCAGGCGACAACUAUGAUCUUGCAGCUGCGGAGCAGUCUGGAGGAGAAGCAACAAGAAGUGGACAAGCUUCAAGCGAACCUCAACGAGGUAAAUGCGGAAGUGGAGAGAUGGAGGAGUAUCUUCCAGACAACCCCGCUGCAUGCGCAUGCGUCGUUGGCGAAGGAGGAAGGAGCACCAGGAGGAGGAGUUGCAGCAGGGAGUAGCACGACAACAGCCGGAGCCGCAGCAGGAGCAGGAGUGCGAGCAGGAACUGGAACUGGAACAGGAACUGGAACAGGAACGAAACCCGGAAUUGGAGCUGGAACUGGCAAACCUGGAACGGGAUCGGGUACCAGAAACGGGACAGGAACCGGAACGGGAACGGCAUCGGGGACUCAGGAUGCGGCUCCAGUUUCUGGUGCUGCUACGCCGGACCCUGCGCGGGCCCAACGCGCUUUGCUGAAACUGCAGGCGUCGGAGCAGAAGCUGAAAGAGUAUAUAGUGCAGUCGAAGAAGAAGGAGUAUACGUUGCUGAUGCAACUGUCGAGAAAGGAGCAAGAGAUAUUCGAGCUGAGGACGCAUGUGCAAGAUCUUGUCGCCACGACUCGUCCGUUUGCGAGGCAAACACGAAAACUGCUCCUCGAUCCCGUGCUUUAUUACGAGUACUCGCAUUUGAAGACGCAGCUAGAAACGUUUCAGAAGAAGCUGAAAGACGCCCAGGAGGACUUGGCUGCGAUCCAGUUCACUCCGCAGAGCAUGUACGGAAACAAAUUGCUUGCCAAGUGUCGCAUGCUGGUAGACAAGAACGACGAGAUCGGAUCGGAGACGUCGGAGGGCAAAGUGCAGGAUCUGGAGAAGAGGCUUGAGGUGCAGAGACAGCUCAAUGUUGAGCUGAAGGGCUUCUAUCAGGAACUGCAGGAAUAUGUGGACGAGAUUAACGAUGAGGCGGAGAAGCUGCAGCAAGAUCUGUGUGUUGUUGAGAGGGAGUUGCAGCAACGACACCUGGAGCUGCAAGAUAGCCGACGACAGACGGAGACGACACCCAACGGAGCAAGCGAGGAGCGAAUUGAUGACGAGUGUCAGGGUCGAUCCACUGCGGAGGCAUGUAGGGAUAGGGAUACCUUAAUGAGGACAAUGUGUGACGAUGACGAAUUGGAAGAAGAAGCAGAGGCAGAAGAAGACGACAACGGAGAAGAAGAAGAAGAAGAAGAGGAGGAUGAAGAUGGAAAUGGAAGACGGAAGUUUGAUGAGCGUGAGGAGGAGGAGGAGGAGGAGGAGGAGGAGGAGGGAGAAGAGGGGCAGCAGGAGGGACAGGAGCAGCAGGAAGAAAAGGAGGAUGAUCAAAAUGAGACAGGUAGUCGUGCAAAAGACGAAGAACUUGCAGAGAGCGAGGAGCAAGAAGACAAGGAAGUGAAAGGGGGCGAUGACGAGGAAGACCUGGAGGAGGAGGAGGAAGAGGAAGUUAAACUAAACAGCGUCGAAGAAGAGGAACAACACUCCGAUUGCAAUGGAAAUCAACCGAAUGUCAAAGAAGGUGGUGAUGCUGCUGAUGCUGAUGCUGAUGCUGCUGAUGAUGAUGAUGAGGAGGAGGAGGAGGAGAAGGAGAAGGAGAAGGGAACAAAAGAAGAAGAUCAAACUGGUAAGGAAGUCAGUCAAACACAGCAGCAAGAUGAAGACAUGGGGGAAGGGAGUAAAGAAGAGAAAGAAUGUCAAAUGGAGGGAGACCAAGUAAACAUGCCAGUUCUGUCGGAGGAGGAAAGAAGCAGUAGUCCAGAUACAACUGUAACAUAGGCAGCCUGUGGAAUAUAGUCGGCCUGCCGACUUU